CUUGUCUGAUCGUUGAUUGCAUUCAGAGCUACUGUUCAAGGAGCUGACAAGUGUUUCACUCAUAUACAUCCCCCUGUGUGCCAGUUGUUUUUCGCCUUCUGAAACCGCUUGUAAAAUGGCAACCAAACAGCUGAAUGCUCUAAAUCCGCGCAACUUCAAGGAAAAGAUAGAACUGCUGAAGAAAAAAGAGGCUGCCUCGACUGCGAAUUUCGCCGCAGCCAUCAGGGAUGCCCGAGAGAUAUGCCAGAUUGCCGGUGCGUGCGAUCCCAUCCUGAAACCUUCCUUGGGAAGCAGUUUACUCGAUCGUACUCCUCUCCUCAAGGCCUAUUCUCUCCCCUCUGUUAGUUCUCCGGCUUCUCUCAGAACAGACGCCAAAAUCGAUUCAAUUGGGGGAUUCAACGAACAGUUUUCGGUCAACCAAGAAUGCCCUCCACGAGCACAGUCCACCAUUGUAUCUAGCGGGACAGCAACGGAACUUCGCCAUCCUCCCUCUGGAAUUCCAGCGCAGACACUCCAGCCUACUCCCACACCGAGAGCACAGACUAACUCAAAUGAGCGACUAUCCACUCUGCUAUCCUCGCCGGUUCACACGCGCACUACUCCGGGUACUACUCAUCCUUGGCGUUUCGACCAACCUGUGUCUUCAGGGAUCAGUACUCCUCAUCCACCCAUAGUGACACCCACACCAAGGCCAAACGGUAUGUAUCCCCGGUCUCAAACGGAUGCCGCCAUUCCUAGUACAGUAAACCAUAUGACUUCGCGCAUGGUGUGUCAAGCGAAUUCAUCCAGCCUUACUCCAUGGCAAAUGGCCCACCCAGUCAAUGGUAUCCGCACCGCCAUUUCACACACGACUCUAUGCUCUGUGCAUUCCAGCACAGCUACUCCUGCACCGUUUGGCAGAACUUCGGACUUCAACCUCCCAGCGAACACCGUCUACGAUACACUCCAAACCUACCGUCGACUCCACUCUAAUGAAGGCGUGAUGAGGCAACAUUCCAGUCCUGGACAACCCUCGUCUCGCAGUAUGUAUAAUAUUUCCAAUUGUUCUGGACAUUGGAAUGUAUCCUCCCCCUAUUAUAGCGUCGAGCCACUUCCAAGUGGUACGUCCACCGGUGCUGCGACCGCCACUACUUCGGUCUACCUGGAUUUGAGUUCACCGCCCUCGCGAAUUCAUCCCGAUUCUCGGGAACGUCUUUACGAGCGUUCGUUUUCCAAGGGUCCCGAGAUUUCUUACAAUCUUGCAACCCCACAGCCCGUCUGUGGUCCCGAAUGGCGUCGUGUAUCUUCCGACUCAUCCAUUCGACAGUCGCUCUCCGUUUCCGGCCAAUCUGGCUGUUUGGAUGUGUAUUCCUGUCAGGGCGGAUCGUCCUUGCAUUCGAAUCCUCCCUAUUCGCAACAGCAACCGCUCAGCAAUCCGGUAGUGGAUCGUAAGCCGGACACUCUCCGACGACGUUUUCCCACGGAGCCCACUGUUGGCAGCGCACCCGCGUUUGCCUCCAGUAUGGUAACUGCGCAGCAACAUCAGUUGUCAGCAGCCUCUGUUCCAGAUGUGGAUUACCCUUUGCCACCGAAAAGAGCAUUUACAGGCUCUGCUACAGUCCCUAUCGAUGCGAAUUGUGGCCUUCUUGCACCUAAUAGGGAUUGUUCGAGAGUGGGCCUCAGUUCCGUUGUCGACAACGCCUCAAGUUGUAGCGAACGCAGACCAGUUCCGUGUCUGGCACCUCUUCAUCCGCUGCCACACAACCGUGGGGUUUUGAACUGCAAUAGCGCAGCCACCACCACCAGUCGGGACCCGUUCGCGUUCACACAGCCAAAUUCUCGAGCUGCGGUUCCUCAACAAGCGGACGUGAUUCAACGACUGUCGACAGUUUUCUCCGUCUCUGCCCCCAACAUCCACAUUGAGCAUCGUGAUGCCAUUUCCAACGUGUUACCGACCACGACCAUAGCUACUACAUUGACCACCGAUCCUUCGUUGGGUACAAAUCUCUCAAGCUGCGAUCCAGCCGAUUUGGACCGCUUUUUGCAACUACCUCCGGCGUUCUUGGACCCACAGAGCGAUUCUAAUUGGCACCGAAGCCAUCAUACGAAAGCACUUCUUUCACCAUCAUCUCGUUCAGCUGUAGCACCCUUUCCGUGCCUAUCCGCCAUGCAACCAGAAGGAAGCACGAGGGCUGGGAUACUGCCAGGUUGCCCAAGCCUAGACAGGCGAAGUCGAGAGGCUGAGGUCCUUCCGGUCACUGGAAGAAGGGACAGCUGUACGAUGGCUGCGGAAGUUCUUUCUGCCCUGAACACUGCUGAUGAGGAUAUCCCAACUUCGGUCGCUCUCAGCGCAAAAGGUGGACUGUCCGUGGUCUCUGAUAACUCGCUUGCUGCUGCGAAUUACAGCAAGAUGUCCUCUUCUGCGUAUCCCUGUUCGUUACCCAAUCCACCGGCUGCAAACACCGGGUCCGUUGGUUAUGCUCCCAACUCCGAGCUUCGUUCAUCGUCCAGCUUCCUGGAUGUUGCGAACAAGCUGGGUAUUUCCAUAACAUCGAACGACUACCAACUUCUGACCGAUCCUCAACUGGCCAACUAUGUGACUGAUGAAACUACGGAAGCACAGUUGUUACGAUGACCCACUCCGGUGCAGCGUACUCCGUACAGCGCUGCAGCUAUCUCGGUUUCAGUUUCCCACAACAAGUUCCGCCCGCACCGUUUCAGUCCAACCAAUCGACCUCUUCGUGUUCCGUUUUGCUGUUUGCUUCGGCGUGCUCGUAUCCCCACAAGACUAUACCGGUUUCCAUUGUAUUCACUUACCCUCCGAUGUGUGUAUGGAUCGGUAAUUCUUCGUUGUUUCCUUGCCUUUUGUGUUUGUGGCACGUGCGAAUCAACUUGUUACUUCCUGUCCUUUUGUACAGUAACGAUUUUUUUCGGUCACUGACUCUUCACUGUCCAUUGGCUUUCUAUCAGUGUCUGUGAUUUAGUCUUGUAGUACGCAUGAAUCCACCUACCUGUCUUGUCUGCUACCUAUUUCACUCUCGCAUCCAUCUUACUACGAUGUGUUGUACAAAGUACUCACUCAUCAGUGGUGGUCGAAUUUGGUUAUAUCAUGUAUUGGUAUUUGUGGAAUUCGUAAGUGUAUGAUGCUCUUCACUGUCCUUUCCCUCAUGUGAAUAAAUAUCCCGGGAGUUCUUAAAAACGAAUACGAACAUUUACCAAUGUACUGCCCCCCCCCACACACUUUACUUUCCCAUACCCGCUCAUCUUUUGAAUAUUUACAACGCCUUUCAAAUAGCGCCACAAGAUUUAUUUCAGUUUUCACUUCCCCAAAUCCACAUGCUUCCUGGCUCAUCAUCAUCAUCUUUUUGGCAUCUUUGUUGCAAAUAAGAUCAUCCUGAUUUCUAUUGUAUGUAUGUUUGUAUGUAUCCGAUACAUGCG